AUGUCGACCACUGGCGACCGCCGUGAAAUUGUGAUUGUUGGCGGCGGUAUCAUCGGGUGCUGCUCUGCCUACUACCUGACCAGGCAUCCUUCCUUCGACCCCUCACGCCAUUCCGUCACUCUGAUCGAGGCGUCCGAGAUCGCAGGUGGCGCAUCGGGGAAAGCGGGUGGUCUUCUGGCAUUAUGGGCAUACCCGAGCAACAUCGUACCACUGAGUUACAAGCUGCACGCAGACCUGGCGAAAGAGCACAAUGGCAAAGAUCGCUGGGGCUACCGAGAAGUCAACUGUGGGCAACUCAUUGCAAGAGGUCGCCCACUCAGUGACAAGAAAGAGGCAGGCGGAGGUGGGAGCAAGAGCUCGGUCUCUCUGCAAAAGCGGAGUGCCGAUGCUCUGGGGAAGUUGAAAUCUGCAAGAGUUCCUCAGGACUUGGAUUGGAUUGAGCCCGAGCUUAUGAGGGGAUAUGAAAGCAUGAGUGACACGGGGGAGACUGCCCAGGUCCAUCCUUACCUGUUCACAACCUCCAUCGCCAAGCUUGCUGAAGAGAAGGGCGCAAAGAUUGUCCUGGGCUCAGUGGAUGACAUCGGUUACUCCGAGGAUGCGGUCCAGUCCGUGACGUAUACCGAUAAGAAAACUGGUGAAACCAAGAAUAUCCCUGCAACAGAUGUGGUUGUUGCGGCCGGUCCUUGGACAAGAACGGUCCUGCCAGAAGCUCCCAUCUCAGCGACCCGCGCGCACAGCGUUGUGAUCCGGCCCGUCAGGCCGGUCAGCGCGUACACGCUCUUCACGAAUAUUGAAAUCCCGGCCAACUUCGAUCCCACAAAGCCCUCCCGACCAACGGUGGCGAAUCCAGAAAUCUACGCUCGCCCAGACGACACAGUCUAUGCGUGCGGUGAAGGCGACCAGACUGUUCCGCUUCCAAAGACAUCGGCAGAAGUUGAGGUGGAUCAAGCGCGGUGCCAGGAAAUCAUUGACCAGGUCGGCAGCAUCUCCGAUGGGCUUCGCGACGGGGAAAUCUGCGCCCGGCAGGCUUGCUACCUUCCUAACGUGGCCUCUGCGCGCGGAGGUCCAUUGGUAGGUCAUGCUGGUGCCAAGGGAUUGUAUCUCGCUGCCGGCCAUACAUGCUGGGGCAUUCAGAAUGCGCCGGGAACCGGCAAGCUCAUCAGUGAGUUUGUCUUUGACGGCCAGGCUAAAAGCGCGAAGAUCGGAUCGCUCGAUCCCAGGAACUAUCUUUAG